AUGUCAUCUCAACAACAAGACUUGGUAUUCUUCACAGAUGGAUCGCUUUUAACACCAAAAGAUGCAUCGCUGAACCCCAAACUACACAUCAUUUCACAUCACGACGGCACCUCGCCAAUGUGGCUCACUACAACGCUAGCUGAAAAUUGUCUUGUUGGAACGGCAAACCUGGUGAAUCGUGAGCUCAAGCAAUCUGAAAACGAUUGCUCUGUAGUUAAUGCAUCGUUUCUACACACCGAGGAUGUGUUUGAGAAAGCUAGCCGUAGACAGGCUGUCGAUUUGGGUUCUCUUUCUCUGUUCAAGUUCUUGGACUACAGCUCUUCGCUAUUCACCUCUAAUUUCCCUGCAACAAAAGAUCCUAAAAGACAGCUUUCGUUGUUGUUUGAUGACAUUACAAAAACUAUCGAAUCAGCGAAAACUUCUAACAAAGUUGUGUUUCUCGACUCCCCAGAGCUUCUAUUGGCAGCCACAAACCUCUCAAGCGCAGAUAUACUUGCAGGAGUAAGAAAGUUGCAAAAGCUAGCUACUGUCAUAACCAUUAUCAAUGUCCACACUUCGAUGUUUAACAUGGACAUCCAAAAUGCUCAAGAUCCUGCCUUUCAGAUCACUGACUUUUACGUCAAGCUUUGUCAUAUGUCCUCAUUAAACAUCAGUUUGCAGCCAUUAGCAACAGGCAAAGCAAAGGAUAUUACAGGAUCAUUAACAGUUACAAGAGGCGCUAUACCCAUGACCUCGGGUUCCGAAGUUUUGGAGCGAGAGUAUGUCUUCCAGGUGACAAAGGAUGCUACAGCCAAAUUGUACUUCCGUUGA